AUGGAGCACCGCAUCGUGGGGCCCGGGCCAUACCGGGCCACCAGGCUGUGGAAUGAAACAGUUGAGCUUUUUCGCACCAAGAUGCCGUUACGGAAACAUCGGUGUCGUUUCAAAAGUUAUGAACGUUGCUUCACAGCGGCCGAAGCUGUGGAUUGGCUACACGAGCUGUUGAGGCGCAGCCAAAACUUUGGCCCCGAAGUGACCCGCAAACAAACGGUCCAGCUGCUAAAAAAAUUCCUGAAGAAUCACGUUAUUGAAGACAUCAAGGGAAAAUGGGGCCAGGAAGACUUUGAAGACAACCGUCACUUGUACAGAUUUCCUCCUUCCUCACCCCUGAGACCAUAUCCAAAGAGGCCCCCAUAUCAAAAGGAUGUUAUUAAAUUUCCAGAAUGGGAUGAUCCCCUACCAGGCACUUCACAAGAGAAUAUCCCAGUGAGGCCAGUUGUGAUGAAUUCUGAGAUAUGGUACAAGCGUCACAGCAUUGCUAUUGGAGAGGUGCCGGCUUGCCGUCUUGUCCACCGCAGACAGCUGACAGAGGCCAAUGUAGAAGAGUUAUGGAAGACUAUGACAUUAUCAUAUUUACAGAAAAUCCUUGGCCUGGAUUCCUUAGAAGAAGUUUUAGACGUUAAUCUUGUCAACUCCAAGUUCAUCAUCCAUAAUGUAUAUAGUGUGAGCAACCAGGGAGUUGUUAUCCUUGAUGACAAGUCAAAAGAACUUCCUCACUGGGUACUGUCAGCUAUGAAGUGUUUGGCAAAUUGGCCUAAUUGUUCGGAUUUGAAGCAGCCUAUGUAUUUAGGAUUUGAAAAAGAUGUCUUUAAAACUAUAGCUGAUUACUAUGGUCACUUGAAAGAGCCUUUGCUUACGUUUCACCUUUUUGAUGCCUUUGUCAGUGUAUUAGGUUUGUUACAAAAAGAGAAAAUGGCCAUUGAAGCAUUUCAAGUUUGCUGCCUCCUCCUGCCUCCUGAAAAUAGAAGAAAGUUACAGCUGUUGAUGAGGAUGAUGGCAAGGAUCUGCUUAAAUAAGGAGAUGCCACCACUGUGUGAUGGCUUUGGCACCCGAACACUGAUGGUUCAGACGUUUUCCCAUUGCAUCUUGUGUUCCAAAGAUGAAGUGGACUUGGAUGACUUAUUAGCUGCUAGGUUGGUGACGUUUCUGAUGGACAAUUACCAAGAGAUUCUGAAAGUCCCUUUGGCCUUGCAGACCUCCAUAGAGGAGCGUGUGGCCCAUCUACGAAGAGUCCAGAUAAAAUACCCAGGAGCUGAUAUGGAUAUCACUUUGUCUGCUCCAUCAUUUUGCCGUCAAAUUAGCCCAGAGGAAUUUGAAUACCAAAGAGUAUACGGCUCUCAGGAACCUGUGGCAGCAUUGUUGGAGGAAGUCAUCACAGAUGCCAAACUCUCCAGUAAAGAAAAGAAGAAAAAAUUGAAGCAGUUUCAAAAGUCCUAUCCUGAAGUCUACCAAGAACGAUUUCCUACACCAGAAAGUGAAGCACUUCUGUUUCCUGAAAAACCUAAAGCAAAACCACAGCUGCUGAUGUGGACACUAAAAAACCCCUUCCAACCAUUUCAAAGAACUAGAAGUUUUCGGAUGUAA